UUAUGUAGGUUGAUCACAUUCAAGUAUAUUGGAAACAAAUAUUUUGCAGAAAUUUGAACCAAAAAAGACACAUACAGACAGAACAAUGGUAUUUGAUGAGCACAGUAAGAGGCAGGCUUCUAUAAAUACUUGGUGCUUGUCUGUUGUAGCACCAAACACAUUCCUAACAAUGAACUGCUUUCAAAUGGCUAAGGCAAUUCAGCUGCUUGUAUUGGUUGUGGGAGUGGGAGUGGCUAUUUUGAGUGGAGUUGAAUGCAGAAAGGCAAGGAUUUUGGAGUCGUUCGACUACUCUGCCAUUAGCUGCAGAGCUCACAGUGCAUCAAUAGAAGAUUUUGGUGGGGUUGGCGAUGGGGCCACACUCAACACUCAGGCUUUCCAACAAGCAGUCAAUCACCUCAGCCAGUAUGCAUCAGAUGGUGGAGCUCAGCUGUUUGUCCCUGCUGGUAAAUGGCUCACUGGAAGCUUCAAUCUCACCAGUCAUUUCACCCUUUAUCUCCAUAAGGAUGCAAUUCUGCUUGCUUCUCAGGAUAUAAACUCUUGGCCUGUGGUCGAUCCCUUACCAUCAUAUGGCCAUGGACGGGAUGCAGCAGGGGGGCGAUACAUCAGUCUUAUAUUCGGCACAAAUCUUACCGAUGUUGUUGUCACUGGUGAAAAUGGUACUAUUGAUGGUCAGGGUGCGCUUUGGUGGCAGCAGUUUCACAGGAAGAAGCUAAAAUACACGAGACCGUAUCUUAUCGAAAUUAUGCACUCAGAGAAUGUGCAGAUAUCGAAUCUAACGCUUGUCAAUUCUCCAUCAUGGAAUGUUCAUCCUGUAUACAGCAGCAAUGUAAUUGUACAAGGCCUUACAAUCCUAGCUCCAGUAACAUCCCCCAAUACAGAUGGGAUCAAUCCAGAUUCUUGCACGAACACAAGGAUUGAGGACAACUACAUCGUCUCUGGAGAUGACUGUAUAGCGGUGAAAAGUGGCUGGGAUGAAUAUGGUAUCAGCUACGGUAUGCCCACAAAGCAUCUAAUAAUCAGACGUCUCGUCUGUGUUUCUCCUUACAGUGCUGCAAUAGCAUUAGGCAGCGAGAUGUCGGGUGGGAUUCAAGACGUGAGAGCCCAAGAGAUAACAGCCAUCAACACAGAAUCAGGGGUCAGAAUCAAGACAGCAGUGGGGAGAGGUGGCUAUGUGAAAGACAUAUACGUAAAAGGCAUGAAUUUGCACACAAUGAAAUGGGUAUUCUGGAUCACUGGAAACUAUGGUUCUCAUGCUGACAAUCACUAUGAUCCAAAUGCACUUCCAGAGAUCAAGGGGAUAAACUACCGUGACAUUGUUGCAGAAAAUGUGUCAAUGGCUGGUCGGCUAGAGGGAAUCUCUGGCGAUCCAUUUACUGGUAUUUGCAUGUCAAAUGUGACAAUAGCGAUGGCAGCAAAGGCUAAGAAGUAUCCAUGGAGUUGUGUUGAAGUGGAGGGGAUUACAAGCGGCGUGGUGCCAAGACCCUGUGAUCUGCUGCCUGAUCAGGGCGAACAGGAGCUGGGCAUGUGUGAUUUUCCUUCAGACAGUUUAGCUGUUGAGGCUAUGGAGUUACAAACAUGUUCUUUCAGGAUGAACUACUUUUGAUAGCCUUGUCAGCUAGCUUCAUUGCUGGCAUGAACAUGUAAUACUUUAGUUUGGAAUCCAAAGACUUCAGAUCCCUGUUGUUGAACAAACAAGUUUAAAAAGCUAAAGGAAUAAUCACACUGAGAGGCCCUGAAGUUUGAAAUGUAA